AUGGUUUCCCUCGCCGUCCUCAGCACCCUCCUCUUAUCCAUAUCUACUUGCGUCCUCACAGCACCCAUCGAAGUCCGCGCCCCUCCCGGCAUCCCCACAACCGCUACAGCAAGGACGCUUCUCGCCGGCCUCACUGUUGCAGCCCAGGGCCCCCAAACUGGCUACUCGCGCGACCUCUUCCCCUCUUGGAUCACCAUCUCAGGAAAUUGCAACACCAGAGAGACAGUGCUGAUCCGCGACGGCACCAACGUCGUUACGAACACAGCCUGUGCCUCAACCUCCGGAUCCUGGUUCUCGCCCUUCGACGGAGCGACCUGGACAGCCGCUUCCGAUGUAGACAUCGAUCACAUGGUGCCAUUAAGCAAUGCCUGGAAGUCCGGAGCCGCGGCUUGGACUACUGCGCAGAGACAGGUUUUCGCCAACGACCUGACGAACCCCCAGCUAUGGGCCGUCACGGAUAACGUGAACCAGGCCAAGAGUGAUUCCGGGCCCGAAAACUGGAAGCCGCCGUUGACCUCAUUCUACUGCACCUACGCGAAGGCUUGGACGAAGGUCAAGUCCGUGUACGAUUUGACCAUUACGUCGGCGGAGAAGACUGCCUUGACUAGCAUGUUGGCUACUUGCUAG